AUUCGCGCGUCCUGACCAUGCAUAAUCAACAAAAUGUCGGAAGAUGACGGCCUCUACGACGAUCUAGAAGUUGACCCUCGUCAUAGCACUAGUAGCAAGCUGCUGCCGCAAUCGUUUGCGUCGCCCAAAAAGCAGCGGUCGACUGGAACUCCAGCCGCCGCCGAGGUUGUCCCGGAACGUCCAAGAUCCUUGGCGGAGGAGGUAUCCUACUUGCAAGAAAAAGUCAACCUGCUAGAGACCGAAAACGAAAAUUUACAGCGCAACAUGGGGACGUUGUAUCGGACAGCCGUAGCUGAACUGGCCCGUAAGGACGCCGAAAUUACGAGACUACAACAAGAAAUCGCGGACCGCAGCUAAUUCUGACAUUAAUAUCCAUCCUUGGUGUUGUAGGUCGUAUGCAAUGUACCGCUUUCAGGAGUCUUGGCGACGCUGCCACCGCUGCCCAAGGUUAUGCAGGCUGCUACGCAGAUCCCGAGAUCAUCAUCAUCUCCGAGUUCCUCGACAACACGUCCAGUGUGAAAUGAUAGCCCUCCAACACAGGUCUCCAUCGGCAAAAUUUGACCGUAAGGAAACACUUUAGCUACUUGCAACAAAUCUACCGGCAUCAGUACCGGUGGAGAUGACCCUGGGAUAACCGGUAUGCCAAGCUUGACGUGGCUUAGCAUUGCGUGGCGACCACCAGGCAGAUGCGAAAUGACGCCAGGAAUGCUGUUGAACUCAAU